CAUUCAAAAACAAUCUGCUGCAACCAUGGGAUGGUUCCAUAUGUUACAACUUUUCGGUCUGAUGACUGGUUCUGUCCUUGGAAUGCAGUUUUCCCAUAACAGCAUCGACAGAGACGAAGAUGACACCCCAUCGUCGUAUUCUUCUUCAAGGAUUCGUGAUCGCGAGGGAUACAUACACGGAAAGUUUCCAUUUCUAAUGCCAAAUGUCAGACCCAAUACGCCAGAGCUCUAUUUAUGUACACCAAUUAAAGUUGACUACACCACAAGCUAUUAUAUCGUUGGCUACGAACCAAAUGCCACAAUGAAUACCGCCCAUCACAUGCUUUUAUAUGGUUGUGAAGAGCCUGGUUCAACAAAGCCUGUGUGGAAUUGUGGAGAAAUGGCACAAAAGAGUUCUGCAGAGGAUGAAACUUCCAGUCCAUGUGGGGUAACAGCACAUUCUCAGAUUUUGUAUGCAUGGGCAAGAGAUGCCCCCAAAUUGAAUCUUCCCAAUGGAGUCGGCUUCAAAGUCGGAAAUGAUUCUCCCAUCAAGUACAUGGUGUUGCAGGUGCAUUAUGCACAUAUCGAUAAAUUUAGUGAUGGCAGCACCGAUGAUUCUGGGGUUUUCAUCAAAUACACAACCGAACCAAUGAAUAAACUUGCUGGUGUCCUGCUCCUUGGAACGUCUGGAAUAAUUAAACCAAGAUCCAUUGAGCAUAUGGAAACAGCCUGCGAAAUGAACGAGCAUAAAAUAAUACAUCCAAUAGCUUAUAGGACUCACACGCAUAGCUUGGGAAAAGUCGUCUCUGGUUAUCGAGUUCGUGCUGACGAUCGAGGUUCCCAUCAAUGGACUUUAUUGGGCAAACGGGAUCCCUUAACUCCACAAAUGUUCUAUCCCAUCAUGAACUCAGAACCAAUUAUCUAUGGUGAUCAAUUGGCAGCUCGUUGUACCAUGGAAAGUAAUCGAGAUCGAUACACACAAAUUGGAGCAACAAAUGAAGAUGAGAUGUGCAACUUCUAUUUGAUGUACUACGUUGAAAAUGGUGACCCGCUCAACAUGAAAUACUGCUUCAGUUCUGGACCACCGCAAUACUAUUGGAAGAACGCUGAUGUUGGCCUUACCAAUAUUCCAGACUAUGAAGCUAGUCAUUUGUAAAUAACUUACCGCAACUGCAGUAAAUCUCACCCAUUGACCACAAUUUUAGUAGAUUAUAAAUCAAAAUUAAAAAGAAAACAAAAAUUAAAUUGUUCAUUAAAUAAAGUAUCUACCUUGAGCAAAUAGGGAUUAAUAUAUUUAAGGAAUUUAAAAAAAAAAUUAAAAAUAUAAUUUCCUGUGAGAAAAUUAUACAAACAAAAAAUUACCAAAAAGGAAAUCCAACGACCGUCUUUUAUGAACUGAAUGUUAUGAAUGUGUUUUAGUCUAUAAAUUAUUUAUGUUUUAUUCAAACACAAUUUGUGGUGGUAUUUUGUAAACAAUUUUGUGUUUUAGUUGAUUCGCACACAUACAAUUAAUUGAUUAUAAAUGUAAUAAAAUGGUCUCAGCAAAUCCA